AUGCAACGAUUCAUUAUUCGAUUGGUUACUGCAGAAAAAAAACUGGUAAACGCAGCAGCUUCCUUGCCCACAUGGCAAUAUUCGACAAACGUUUUCCAUUCACAGACCUUUUCAUUUAAAAGAUUCGAUUAUUUUUUUUUACAGGCCGAUCCAUUAGCCAAAUACAAGAUUCUUGCAGAGAAUACGAUUGAGAAACCAACUAUUCUUAUAACAGGUGCAAUGGGACAACUCGGAAGGGGAAUAGCGAGCAUACUUAAGUUUAUGUAUGGCACUGAAAGUUGUCUUAUGACCGAUGUCGUUAAAGGAUCGAAUGAUAAUAAUUGUUCUCCAUACGCUUAUUUGGAUGUUUUGGAUAAGUCUGCAAUUGAGGAAAUGGUUGUCAACCAUAAUAUCAACACCAUCAUUCAUUAUUCAGCAAUUCUAAGUGCUGUUGGAGAAACCAACGUGCCACUUGCACUAAAAGUGAACGGAGAAGGCAUGCAAAAUGUGCUCGAAGUGGCAAAAAAGUACAACUUAAAGAUAUUCAUUCCAAGUACGAUUGGUGCAUUCGGUCCUGCAACACCGAAACAAAAUACUCCCAACAUUUGUGUCCAGAGACCACGGACAAUUUAUGGAGUUACUAAGGUUUAUGGUGAACUGCUUGGCGAAUAUUACAACGAGCGAUUCGGUACGGAUUUUCGUUCACUUCGUUUUCCUGGUAUUAUUAGCGCGACUGAACCUGGAGGUGGCACUACUGACUAUGCAGUCAAGAUCUUUUACGAUGCUAUACAAUAUGGUAAAUACAAAUGUUACCUACGACCAGAAACAAGGCUGCCAAUGAUGUAUGAUACGGAUUGUACUGCAUCAGUCAUACUUUAUUUGCUCGCAUCACCUGACAAAUUAACUCAGCGAACAUAUAAUGUUACUGGUUUCUCAUUCACGCCUGAAGAAAUCGCUGCUUCAAUUCGUCGUAUAAUACCAAAUUUCAAAAUUGAGUAUGAAGUUUGCCCUAUUCGACAAAAAAUCGCUGAUUCAUGGCCGGACAGUUUAGAUGAUUCAAUGGCACGAAAAGAUUGGGGCUGGAAACCAGAAUAUGAUUUGGAAAGGACAGUGAACAUCAUGUUUACGCUUAUCGAACGUCAAAUUCGUGAACAACAGAACAAUCCGAAAAAGGCAAAUAUGUGA